GGAUACGGUAUCGGUGGAGAACAUUGUGAACCUGAUGCACCAGGUGUCGAUGGGCAUGAAGUAUCUGGAGGAGAAGAACUUUGUGCACAGAGAUUUAGCGGCUCGCAACGUCCUGCUGGUCAAUCAACAGUUCGCCAAAAUCAGCGACUUUGGCCUCUCCAAGGCCCUGGGAGCAGAUGACAACUACUACAAAGCUCGUACUGCAGGUAAAUGGCCGCUCAAGUGGUACGCACCAGAAUGUAUACUCUUCCACAAAUUCUCCAGCAAAAGCGACGUGUGGAGUUUCGGUGUCACCAUGUGGGAGGCGUUCUCCUACGGAGGGAAACCCUACAAGAAAAUGAAAGGACCCGACGUGAUCCGCUUCAUUGAGAACGGGAGCCGCAUGGAUUGUCCGGCGGCGUGUCCAGAGCGAGUAUAUACACUGAUGAAAGAGUGCUGGACAUACAAGUGA